AAAAAAAGUUGUAACUCUUAACGGUCUUAAAAUCUCUCUCUCUCUCUGCUUGGUCAAUUGGAACUAGAACGAGCUUCGAGUAGUGCGGAGGAGAUGGGUGUGAAAUCGGUUUCUCGAGAAUCUUCAGAUAGGAAAAGCUGGGACAAUAUUUUCAAGAGUUUGGUCAAAAUUCUACAGACGAAACAGGACCACAUCGAAUCGCUUCUAAAAGACAGGAAGACUCUCGAAGAUAAGAUCAAGACUAAACACGAAAGCUGGAUCUCUGAUGUUCGUAACUACGACCAACAACUCUCUCUCAUGAAGAGAGAAAUUGAAACGAUGGAGAUGAUGCAGUUCCUUGAGACCUCUAAAUUCAAUCUCUUGUCUGUAUUAAAGGAAAGGGAUCGUUCUAUAUGCAAUUUGAAAUCAGAUGAGACGGUGGACGAGUUAAAAUACUUCAAGGCUUGGUUUGAUAUCCUCACAAGUAAAGAGAAUGGAGACUCCGAAGCUGCAGAAUCAUUGGAAGCAAAAAUCAGAAAGCUGAAGCUUGAGUAUGAGAAGAAAUGUGAAAUAUCUGAUCUGUUACGAGAAAACGGGUUUGCUAGGAGCGAGUUCAAGUGUAUCGAAAGUGGUUUUAUUGAUAAGUUAAAGAGGAAAGAUGAUGAGAUUGCUCAAGCGAACGCCAAGAUUUCGAGUCUUGUGUCUUAUCAAGAGCAGCUUCUGUCAUCUAACCAUGAGAAAGAUGAGAUUAUCUCGAGUCUGAAGGCCAAGGUUGCUGAACUGGAGGGUGGAUUUACCAAGAAAGGUGAUGAGGGGGUCUCGAAGCUCUCAAGGGAUGUAGAGUCUUUGAACAAGUCUCGUAGCUUAACAAGAUGCACAACACGUGACAAAGGUAGCGAUGGUAAUACUGUGGGGUCUCAGGAAAUUAGAAGGUCGAAAAGGCAAAAAGUGAACAAGACAUCAGUCACAGUUUCAGAAACUCCAAAGCUCUUCACUUCAACAUUUAGACUUCCCAAGUUAAAGUCUCCUCCAUCUUCUGGAGGAGCUAAAUAGGAUUUUUUAUCUUUGUGUCUGCUUCUAUUAGAUUGGUUUAGAGAAAUAAUCUGCUUGUAAUCUAAUCUCUGUAGUUAUGAUCAUCCCUCUGAUAUAUAUUAGUUCUUGAGUAUUUUCCACUUACCCCACAGCAUAAUCUAGCAGCUGUUAACUUUUUGUUUUUACUGGUAUGAUUUGUCUUGAAACUAAAAGAGAUAUCAGCAAUGUAAAUGUAACCAAGAUUUGAUGUGAAGCGGCUUUGGAGAAAAGCUUUCACGGUUUGGUUUUGUUUGUAGCUGAAACCUUGGCUUUUGAUAUUUUGCAAUAAGAUCAUGUGCUUCUUAUUAUUUGGGUUUUAUAUAGGUGAGCUUUGUUCUUCACACAAAUCAUACCCAAUUACUCUGGUUUUAGAUUUGUGUUUGAACAACUUACCUUGUUGAUUUUGUGUUUCUGCACAGAGAUCCACUUACGUGACUCUUCACAACCAAGUUCCAACUAGUGAGAAAAAUGGCUAAAGAUUUGGUCAGCCUUUCUAUUCCUUUGUGUGCCUACAUUCUUAUGCAGCCAUGAUAGAGCAACAUAACAUAAAGAUGUUUAACAUUUAUAUAGUGUUUUGGUGUCAAUCUGCUUAUUAUGUUUUGAGUUCAUCACCAACUUUGUGUUUUUCCUCAGGGACUUAAUGCCAUAUUUUGGGACACUGGCAUUAAAGCUAACAUGAAUUUUGAACCUCAUAAACAGACUCGACAUUGGUCAAACACCUCUGAUGGUUUUUGACUUACUAGGCAUUACUGCCAUCAUUUGCUUCAGAUUGUUCUGUUUGUUUGAAAACCCCACUUUUGAUAUCAGGUUAAUGGAGUCUGGGUUGCUGCUUCCAGCUGCAGAGGCAAAGAAAGUUCUUGAGAAGAGGUUGCAAAAGACUGCAAAGUUCAGUUCUCCAGCAAAACCUGCAGCUUCUACUACCCCCAAUAACCAGCUCCAAAUCAGUGGCCGAGAACAAGGAUGUAAGAAAACCAUCAUCUGAAGCUGCUGUGUCAGGCAUAAAUAAACGAAGCGACUCCAAACCAAACACCAAGAAGCGGAAGAAGGAUUCUGAUGAUGAUGAUGAUUUCUUGGCUAACAGAGUACCUAAGAAGACCAGAGCCACGUGUAGUUCGGAAUUAGUUUUAAGAACAAACAGAAAUCACUUUUGUGUGGUUUGUAACUAUCUAAUUGUUUUUCAGAAACUUAAUUUUGUAGAUUCUCUCAAAGUCGAAUUCUUUUUAAGAGUAGUUUGCUGUUUCUAAUGUUGUUGUACCACCACGAUAUAUGUUCCAUAGUUUUGACUUUCA